UCCGUGCAUUUUGUAAUUUUGGUGUCUAGCUACUUAGUUAUGUACUGUUCAAGUGAAAUAUGCAAAAUAAUAAAAUAAUUUGUGUAUCCAAGGGUAUAGUCUCAUCGUGUGAUAAGUGGUUGAACAGGUAAAACUUCAAACGUUGGAAACGUUAUGCAUUCGUCCUCAACGUACGUGUACCGAUCUUCUUGCGCUCGCAGCCAGACUAUCUUUACCAGUGACGGUGUCUCGCGCACUGUGUACAGAGACCGUAACCAGGGCUGGUGCUGAAAAGCGCCAGUUACCACAAAACGAGAGCGAGAGGAGCUUGUGCAGUGUUUUCAAUAGAGAAGUCACUGUAGUGAUGGCGUUCGUAUUUUGGCGAAGAAUGAGCGACGUGGAAAGAGACCCCGCCCUCUGGCGGAGAUCGAGGAGGGAAGCGUUCUUUUGUCGCGCCGACUCUCUUCCCGCAGGUUGUUCAACUGCAUUUCCACAAGGGCGAGAGAGGGAGCUGCAUUCGACUGUCGGGGAUUUUGUGACUAAACAUUGCAUGAAAGAAAUACUUGGUGGAGUUAUUCCUCUUCAUAUGAGUUUAUCAGACUUCUGCAAUCUUACAGAAAAAGAACUGAAAACUGAGCUUGGAAUCGAAAAUCCAGAACAAAGAAAACGUAUUUUGACAAUAAUACAGUUAGCGAAAGAGCUGGAAAGAGAAUCGGAGUUUUUAAGUGUAAUUUCAAGCAUUCAGUGCCAUACAGAAGAAUGUGCUCAGAACUUGCAAUUUGAAGAGGGAAAUUUAUCAAUUGGACUGUGUUGUUAUACCAGAAAUCUGACCAUAGAGCCAAGCAAUGUUUUGGUAGUGUGUUCCAAGUCAUCAACAUACAUAACCAACCCCAAAGGAAGACGUCAUCUUGCCCAAAGGACAUACAAUUUGUCAAGACUAAAGGAGGAAAAAUGA